CCCUAAAUUGUCGAGUUUUGAAACUGAAUUCAUUCUAAAUUUACAUGAUGAAUAAUAUGUUACGUGUCUUUUUAUUUGGGUCCUUAACCCAAAGCACCAAAAUAACAAAAAAUUAUCCCACUUACCCCAGCAACAGAUUUUUGUUCCCACACACACAAUUUAACACAAAUUAAAUGACCAUUUUACCCUCAACUCAAUUAAAUAACUACAACCACUGCCACUCAAUAUCAAUCUCUCUCUGUCCCGAUCUCUCUCUCUCCCUCCUUCCCCACUUCCUACUGACCUCCGGCUCGACGCAUGAGCCAGGCCGUUUCCGGCUCCGGGGCUCGACCCACGCAGCCUACCUCUCUCUUCCAGACUCCGGUGUCGAGGACCAACCCGCCGGUGCUGCGCAUCUCCAGCGUCUAUCCACUCCCCGAUCUUCACCUUCACACGACGUUGAAUUCUUGCCCAGAUUCCGGCGUUCGAUCCACUCCGCCGUCUCCUUGGCCUCACCGAGCGUUCGAUCCACUCCGCUGCGCGUCACCGACGUUUGAUCCACUUUGCCGUUGCUCCGGUGUCGUAUCCUCUAGUGCUAAAUGCAGGCCGGUGGCAGAGGAGAAAGGAGAAAGAUGAUUUGGCCAAUUUCGCAGCUCCGGUGCCGAAAUCAGGACGUGGAGUGGAGGAGGAAGGCCUCUGGGAUGCUGACCCGUCGUGGCAGAAGUUGCCGCACCGGAGGAUUAGAGGUCACUAGUUCCUGGGUGCCCAGAUUAGUUUAUGGGUGCACAAAUCAAUUUCUGGUUUAUUUGUUUUUUUUUUUAGUAAAAUAGAAAGAAAGAACAAAGAAAAAAAGGUUUUAUUAGGGGCUAAUAGACGUCUAUUCGGGGCAAUAGAUGUUUUAAAUUGAUGUAAUCUCUCGUUUUUUUUCUUUAAUCAAAGUUUAUUUCUGUAAUUUUAAGAAGGAUAGUUCGCAUUUCAGUAAUCGAAAAGUCUAUUGGGGGGCAAUAUACGUCUAUUGGGGGGCAAUAGAUGUUUUGAAUUUAUGUAAUCUCCUUGUUUUUUUUCUUUAAUCAAAGUUUUAUUUGUGUUAUUUUAAGAAGAUUGGUUCCCAUUUCGGUAAUCGAGACGUCUAUUGAGAGGUAAUAGAUGUCUAUUGGGGGGCAAUAGACCUUAUUGCUCUUAUAUUGGGGGGCAAUAGGCGUAUAUUGGGGGGCAGUAGACAUCUAUUAGGGGGCAAUACACUGCUGGGGCAAUAGACGUCUACUGGUGGGCGGCAGCCGGUGACCGGAUUCCGGCGGCCGGUACUUUUGCCGGAAUUCGGCGACCGGUGACCGGAAUCCGGCAAAGUUGGCUGGAAUCCGGCGACCGGUGACCGGCUCCGGCGAAGUCUCCUAUGGUUUCUCUCUCUUCCAUUUUCUCUGUCUCUCUCUCUCUAAGUAAUAAAGGGGUGAGGAGUAAUAAAGGGGUGAGGGGUAAAAUGGUAUUUAAAAAAAAUUAAAAACAAAAAAAAAAUCUUAAUGGGUAUUAGGGAAGACUCCCUUAGAGUGUAUUAGGUAAGAGAGAAUUAAAAAAACUUAAUGGGGUUAGUGGGAAAAAAAUCCCUAGAAAUAGGGUAAAUGGACAAAAACCCUUGUUUUAAAGACAAGAGGCGAGGGAUGGAAGGUACCCUAAAUAUAGAUAGAUGGAGGACUACUUAAAUUCCCAAAGUUGACAUAUACAGAUUUCAAAUUGCUCUGUCGCAGAUCAUUAACUUUAUGGCUCUCCGGUUAGGCAUCCGUAACCUUAUCUUUGGCCUCCUACUUAUUCUUAGCAGUACAGGGACAAGUAGUCAUAGUAGCAGAAAAGCUGCCCCCCAAAAGAAGUCACGUAAUUCUACUUCCUUCAGCCGCAGCACAUUUCCGGCAGGUUCAUAUUCGUUACAGCUUCCGCAGCUUACCAGUUCGAAGGGGCUGCAAAAGAAGGUGGUAGAGGACCGUGUGUAUGGGACGCCUUUACUCACAAAGAAGAUCAAGGACCACAGCAGUGGAGAUGUGGCUACUGAUCAAUAUCAUCGGUACAAGGAAGAUGUGAAGAUGUUGAAGGACAUAGGUUGGGAUGCUUACAGAUUCUCAAUCUCAUGGUCUAGACUGUUACCAAAUGGAAAGCUGAGUGGGGGUGUGAACCAGGAAGGAAUCAAAUAUUACAAGAAUCUCAUCAACGAGCUUCUAGCAAAUAGUAUAAUCCCCUACGUCACACUCUUUCAUUGGGAUACGCCCCAAGCUUUAGAAGAGGAAUACAGUGGUUUCCUAAGCCCUCAAAUUGUGAAUCAUUUCCAGGACUUUGCAGAGCUCUGCUAUAAAGAAUUUGGUGACAAAGUCAAGCAUUGGACUGCACUAAAUGAAUCGCAUACAUACAGCGUCAAUGGUUAUGCAACCGGGGGAAUGGCACCAGGCAUAUGUUCUGCUUGGAAAAAUCCUAAUUGCACCGAUGGCGAUUCAGGGACUGAGCCAUAUUUGGUGUCACAUCACCUACUUCUAGCUCAUUCCGCUGCUGUGAAGGUGUACCGAGACAAAUUUCUGGUGAUCCAUCUACAUAUUGCUGAACAAGCAAAACAGAAGGGUUUGAUAGGGAUAACGGUAAACACAGGAUGGUUUGUGCCAUAUUCCGACUCAAAGCGUGACCAAGAUGCUGCACAACGAGCAAUGGAUUUCAACCUCAGAUGCUGGACUAACUUUUAG